GCUGUACAGUCUUCCGGCACCAGCUUCUUUAGUGUCCACAGUUACUUGGUCAUCUCCUGUACUGUCCGCAGUCUCUUGGUCAUCCCCUGUACUGUCCGCAGUCUCUUGGUCAUCCUCUGUACUGUCCGCAGUCUCUUGGUCAUCCCCUGUACUGUCCGCAGUCUCUUGGUCAUCCCCUGUACUGUCUGCAGUCUCUUGGUCAUCCCCUGUACUGUCCGCAGUCUCUUGGUCAUCCCCUGUACUGUCCGCAGUCUCUUGGUCGUCCCCUGUACUGUCCACAGUCUCUGGUCAUCUUCUGUACUGUCCGCAAUCUCUGGUCAUCUACUGUACUGUCUGCAAUCUCUGGUCAUCUCCUGUACUGUGUCCGCAGUCUCUGGUCAUCCUCUGUACUGUCCGCAGUCUCUGGUCAUCCCCUGUACUGUCCGCAGUCUCUGGUCAUCCCCUGUACUGUCCGCUGUCUCUUGGUCAUCCCCUGUACUGUCCGCUGUCUCUUGGUCAUCCCCUGUACUGUCCGCUGUCUCUUGGUCAUCCCCU